AUGGCAUUUCAGAAAAUCCUGGCUUUUAUUGGCAUCAUUUUACUUGUAAGAUAUUUCUCGGACAGCACAUAUUAUACACGACUUGUGAUUUAUAGCUUAUAUCUUCCACAAAAACGCUUUGUGUUGACCAUAAGAAAAAGGUCCAAACGCUGAAUUUUGAAAAAUUCUAAAUUAAAAUCUUUCUCGUUUAAGCGGAAGCAAUUUCGUAUUCAUUGUAAUUAUCCAGUGAAUUGAAUUUAAAAACGUUAAAGCUCUUCCGACGACGAACAGUGUGCUUCAAUGAUUUGGAAGCUAGAGUAUUAAGCACAUAAAUAGAACUUGCAAGCGGUGACCUGUGACAAAGUGUUCCUCUUUUUCAGGGAGUAGCAACAUCUGACGAUGACAGACUGAAAAAACGCAGUAUAAACGUUUAUCGUUCACACGUCAAAAUAGUCGGGAACAAUUCACCUGGAUAUAAGGUAUUUUUUGGUGAUAAUAUAUUUAGUGCUUUCGCAGUUUGCGAGAUAAAAACAAAUAUCUUUCUUUGGAUUCUUACUGUUAAGUUAACGAUUGAGGAAAAUAGCUAGCGACUCAGUUGUUUACAGAUCCCUUUAUUCGAAAUCCCUUUAGAAAUUUUCCGCAGCCAGCAAAAGUGAGGUUUUAAGUGAGUAUAUCUUUUUAAGAAAGUCUUAUUUUUUUCUCUCUUCUGGGGUUAAGGUCGUCGUCCCCAACAAAACCGAAGGGAAGCCGACUUCAUUCCGUCCAACCUCCUGCGUUGAUUAUCUGCGUCGUGGGAUCUCUCAAAGUGGCAUCUACAAACUUUACGACCAGAGUGGAAAGAGUUACGCAGCUUACUGUGACAUGAAGUCCGAGUUAGACACUGCAUGGACCAUGGUAACGUCGUGGAGUACCUCAAAUCGGCACCUCGCAGAAUUCAGGAAAAUCCCCUUCAAGUACAAUGCCCCCCAAAACGAGGACGACCUCAACUGGGAUCUUUACCGUCUAAGUCUGACGCGAAUGAGAUUCCUACAGACUCACUCCACCCACUGGCGAGCAACAUGCAGCUACCCAACCCACGGCAUUGAUUUCAGAGAUUACCUCCGUGGAAACUUCAAAAACUUCAACAUCGUAGAUUUCCUUGGAUCAAGCGCGUGUAAGAAAGUGGAAUACGUCAACAUCCGGGGACACGUGGGUACGCAUCUGACGGCUCCUUUCUGGCAGGUCCAUAAUACACACACUCUUCAUAUUGACAGUACACACACUCACUGUCAGUUUAAGACCAUGAAGACUGGAGCGGUAUCAAGUGAAGACAACUUUGGCCACUAUGGGUCCAUCAACUCCAAGUUCCGCUGCACACCGGGAGACCAGUCCACUACCCAGUGGGGGUUUGGAGCGCACCCGUAA